GUACCGGAAGAAUGGCGCGAGCUGUGUGCGGGGCUGCCAUCCUCCGCUGCGGGUUCGGGAGGUAACAGAGGUGAUUGAGCGAACAAGCGGUCCUUCUUCAUCCGGUGAAGGAUCGGAUCUGACAGGCGGCCAGCCGUGAGCGCAGAGCGGGAUGUCCGGAGGGAAAGGAGCCGCGGACUGUAGAGCUAACCUCCGCCUGAAAGGCAGCGAGCUGCUCCCCGCAGCCCCUGCCCGACGACCCUACCUUCCAGCGGGCAGAAUGAGCUCCGCCGGGGCGGGGAGGCUGCUGGAGCGGAGGAAAUCUGCUCCUCAGGCGGUCCACCAGCGGCACAUGCCGAUGGAGCCCCAGAAGUUCCACAUCCCGAGGAAGACCAAGGAGAAGCGGGCCCUGUUCCAGUUCGUCUCCACCGAGUCCAGGGAGUACGACGACAUGAAGUCCAUCCUGACGGCCGGCUACAUCGACACCAGCUCCACAGGCUGCUUCGCUUACAGCAAUCCCCGGCUAGUUCACAGCGAGCUGCUGGAGAAGGAGUUUGUGGAAAAAAGGAGAGAGAUGAAAGCAGAUGGAAGGACGGAGAAGGAGCUGGAGGAGAGUCACUGUUUCCUGCUGACCACAGCGACCGAGCUUCCUGUUGUCUGUGAGAAGGGACUGACCGUCGGCCAGAGCAAAACCACCAUGCUGGGAAACCCGAGUAAAGGCGUUUAUCUGUCCAGGUACUCGGACCUUCUCCAGACCGGCCCCCUCACACCCGGGGCCACCGGGGAGCUCAUCAUCUUCAAAGUGAUCAAGGGGAAGGUGAAGAGCAUCUAUGAAAACAUGAAGAUCCUUCAGGACCCCACGCCUCGCUUUGACAGCCACAUCGCCAAGAACGCCAGCAAGGUCACCUCGCUAAGCUGCUACCGCGCCUUCGACCUCACACAGCAAUACUUCUACGAGUAUUUGUUUGACGAGCUGCGGGAGCGGCCGCGGCAGGUGUGUCCCUACGCCGUGGUCUCCUUCCACGUCAAAGGAAAGGACGCGCCGCUCUCCAUCAAACCCGCUCCUCCCAUCAGGUCCACCAGUCAGGUGUCAGAGAGGAGCAAAGAGUCGGCCCAGUUCACCGUUUGGACCGGAGACCUGGUGAAAAACGGGCGGGUUCUCUUCCAAGUCGUUCUGGUGAAGCGGCUCACAGAUAGAGGGUUCCUCUUCCUGCUGUCCAGUGUUCAGAUGGCCGCAGCAACGGGUAAGACGCACGCCGACCCCCUCAGAACAGAACCGGGUCUGAGCUCUUAG